AUGUCAGUCCUUGGCAUAGACAUAGGAAAUGAAAACUCCGUGGUUGCGGCCAUAAACAAAGGAGCCAUAAACAUUGUGAGGAACGAUGUUUCAGAGAGGUUGACCCCAACACUUGUUGCUUUUACAGAAAAGGAAAGAUUGAUUGGAGAUAAUGCACUUGCUAAGGUGAAAUCAAAUUUUAGAAAUACAUGCAGAAAUAUAAAAAAUCUUAUAGGAAUGUUAGCAGAACAAGCAAGUGAUGACGAUGUCGAAGUUAGUGAAUCCUUUGGAAAUUUAGUUCCGUGUGAACAUAAUUAUUUAGGAUAUCAAGUUGAAUAUAAAAAGGAAAAAGUGGACAUAAGUGUAGUUAGAGUAUUAUCAACAUUGUUAUUUUUUUUAAUUAAAUUAGCAGAAAAAUAUAUAGGAAAAGAGUGUAACGAAAUUGUUUUGUCUUAUCCCCCUACAUUCACAAAUAGUCAAAAGGAAUGUCUUUUAGCAGCAACAAAAAUUAUUAACGUUAAUGCAUUACGGAUCAUAAGUGACAAUACAGCUGUUGCGUUAGAUUAUGGAAUGUACAGAAUGAAAGAAUUUAAAGAAAAUACUGGAUCUGUAGUUGCAUUUGUUAAUAUAGGAUAUGCAAACACAUGUAUAUGUGUUGCUCGUUUUUUCUCAAACAAAUGUGAAAUUUUAAGUGAUGUUGCUGAUACAAACUUGGGAGGUAGAAAUAUAGACAAUGAAUUAAUAAAAUAUAUUAACAAUUUAUUUAUUAAUUCGUAUAAAAUGAAUCCAUUAUACAAGUUAAAAUCUGAUGAGUUGUGUGAAAUGGGAACUGGGAAAUUGAACACUUAUUUCGUUACCUCAAAUAAUGAAACUAGCCAAAUUGAUAACAAAAUAAGAGUCAAAUUACAAGAUGUAGCUGUGAAAACAAAAAAAGUUCUUUCAGCUAAUAAUGAAACAUCUAUACAUGUAGAGUGCUUAUAUGAAGAUUUAGAUUGCCAAGGAUUUAUUAAUAGAAACAAUUUUGAAGAAUUGUGUGCAGGUUUCUUUCUCUCGAAAUUAAAAAUGUUGUUAGAUAAAGCAAUGCAGGUCAGCAAAUUGAACGUUGUAGAUGUACAGUCCAUAGAAAUAUUAGGAGGUUCUACUAGAAUUCCUUUUGUUCAGAAAUUCUUACAAGAAUACUUUGAUAAACCUUUAUCAAAAACGUUAAUUGCUGAUGAAUCUGUAGCUAGAGGUUGUGUAUUAUCAGGAGCUAUGAUUAGUAAACAUUACAAAGUAAAGGAAUAUGAAUGUAUAGAAAGAGUUACACACCCAAUUAGCGUACAAUGGCAUAACAUGAAUGAUACAUCUAAAUCUAAUGUAGAAAAAUUAUACACCACAGAUUCUUUAAAAAAAAAAGUGAAAAAAGUUAUCAUUCCAGAAAAAGGUCAUAUUAAAGUUACUGCAUAUUAUGAAGACACACCUGAUUUACCACCACAUUGUAUAAAAGAAUUGGGUUCCUGCAUUCUAAAGAUUAAUGAAAAAAAUGAUAAAAUUGUAGAAUCACAUGUUAUGACAACUUUUUCUGAAAGUGACACAUUCACCUUUUUAGGAGCACAGACAGUCACGAAAACGGUAAUCAAAUCAAAAGAUGAGAAAAAAAAAACAGAAGAAAAAAAAGAACAACAGAAAGGAGAUUCCCAAGUGGGAAGUACAAACAAUGCAGAUGAUGCUGAUGUAGAUGCAGAUGGAAAAAAAACAAACGAAACUGAACUGAAUGAGGUGAAAGAGAAUACACAUUCAACAUCUACCCCAAAUAGUAGCAGUAACACGUCACCUCAACCAAGUAGCAAAUCUGAGCUGAAAAAAGGAGAAGAAGGUAAAAUACAAACAUGCUAUACCACAUUGCCAAUUGAAAUGAUAGGAGCUCCAGGAAGUUAUAGUACAAAAGACAUUUACAAUUUUAGCGAAGCAGAAAUUAAUAUGCAACACAGUGAUUUGUUAGAAGCAGAAAGGUUGAAAAAUAUAAACGAAUUAGAAACGAUUAUAUAUGAAACGAGAAAUCGAUUGAAUGGAAUAUAUAAAGAUUUUGUUGUAGAUGAAGAGAAAGAUUCCAUUUUGCUAGCAUUAGACGAUUGUGAAAAUUGGAUCUAUGACAAUAUUGAUGAAAAUAAAAAUGCAUUCGUAAAGAAAAAAGAACAAAUCAGAGAUAGGAUAAAAGAUAUCAUUUACAAAUAUGACACCUAUACUUCUAAGCAAAAAAAUCUAGGAAAUAUAUUAAACCAUUUAAAAAAUAUCAUUACGCAAUGCACUAAAAGACCAUCUGAUGAAAGUCAAAAAAUUAUUUCACGAACGACAAAAUUGUUGGAGAAUAUUAAUUCCCUUCAAGAAAAAGAGAUGAAUCAAAAGUUGUACGACCCUCCAGUCUACACACUUAAAGAUAUCGAAGCAGAAUUCAAUGAUGUCACACAACAAGCGCAAAAAUACUUUUCAAAAAUAGAAGCAGAAGAAUUGGCUAAACAGAAAGAGAAGCAGGAAAAGGAAAAACAAGAGAAAGAAAAAAAAAAACAGCAACAGAACGAACCAAAAAGUGCAGAUCAUAGUUCCGAAAAAGACAAUAAAGAUUCAAAGGAGACAGACGAAACGGACAACUCUACAAAUAAGGAUAACAAUGGUAGUGCAGAAGAGAAGGACAUAUGA